GAGAGGUUAGUACCUAUGAUUUCUCCUCGAGGUAGUGUUGCUUGUAUUGGGAAUCCUAAAUGUGGUGAAAUUCUGGUUGCCGGUGGUGGGUCAAGACAAUGUUAUGUUUAGUGCUGCUGGGAGUAGGAUGAAUUCAGUGGAGUGCUAUAAUGUUGAGAAAGAUGAGUGGAUUGCUUUGGAUGGGCUACCUAGAUGUCGUGCUGGAUGUGUUGGUUUUUUGGCAGGAAGGGAGAAGAAAUCGAGUUUUGGUAUGGUGAAUCCAGAACUGUUUCUGGAAUUUUUCCUGUGGAUGCAUAUUAUAGAGAUGGAGUAAUCCUAGAAUUGAAAAAUGGUGGAAAUGGAGGGAGAUUGGGGAUAUUAUAGAAAUCGAGUUUUGGUAUGGUGAAUCCAGAACUGUUUCUGGAAUUUUUCCUGUGGAUGCAUAUUAUAGAGAUGGAGUAAUCCUAGAAUUGAAAAAUGGUGGAAAUGGAGGGAGAUUGGGGAUAUGUGGGGAGAAUGGGAGAGGAGGAAACUUGGAAAUGUUGUUGUUGUGGAUGGUGGUGAAAAUAGGGAUAUGCCAAUGGUUUUGAUGCUUGAUGGGUAGGACGUCAUUUUCAGGUAAUCCUCAUAAACAAAUAACCAUGUGUAGACAGUUUUGAUUAACACUCUUGUUGAAUUUGAACUUCAUUUGAAUUAUUCUGUUGCUAUUACUGUCAUGGCUUCUAUUUUCCUGAUAAAAAUGUGUUUAGCUUACAGCUUACUUUGUUGCCAUGAUUGAUGUUUUGUUCAGUUUCCAAUUGUCUAUUAAUCGGAAAAAUGUAGCAUUGCUGCAUUAGUUAGUGGCGGGCGAGGCCUGAGAAAUAUAAGUAUCAGAUGCAGCAAAAUUGAGUUCCAAGAGAUAUGGUAUUUAUUGUUGAGCAUACCAAGGAAAUCCCGAAUUGACUAAUCUUUGGGAUUUGCUGCACUAGAUGGAGAAUUGCAUGCCAUGUCCUCAUUGAAAUCACUGAAACCCAUAGAAAACCCAAGGCAGCGUCACCAAAAGGAAUGUGCUACACACUUCAUUCAAACUUACAGCCCUAAGAGGAGAGCAUGAAGAUGCCCGACAACAAACACACCUUUUCAAUCCCCCUUGGACUUUAAAACUGCAGUAAUGUGUGCAAUCCAACUCUAAGUGCAUAUACCACGUCUCAUUCAUGUUGCUGUCAGUAUUUACAGCAGUCAUAAACCUUUGGUCCUAUUUAGCAGUUACUCCCAGCAGUUAUCUAUUUUACCCUCUCCAAAAAGGAGGACAUUACAGUAAACUCACGACUCCAGAGUAACCAACAUCUUACUAGAGCUACAUGUUUGGUUUCUAAGAAAGAAAUAUCAAUACGUAAGAGAUUUUUGUGGCUAGUAAAGCCAAAAAAAGAUGUCGAUGUGAAUAGAGAUACGAGCAAUGAGAAUGUUAGCCCUUAUACUUUCAUUUUCAUACCCAUCUAUAUUAUAGUCCACAUAUUCAUAAACUAGAGACAAUAAGUAAACUGCUUCAACUCUCUCAUCUUUAAAGAAAAAUUGUUGGACAUCUUGUCUUGCUUCAUGAACUCCUUAACUGAGAAGGGUCCCUCAAAUUCACAAGUUCACAAGACUCCUCACUUCCUCUACAAAUAACCAAUCUUUACCAUAACAACCUCUUUCAGUUUCCUAUACAAGCUUUCACCAAUGCAUAACCCCAUCUCAGCUUCAAUAUAUCAUUCAUGAAGCUGAAACUAACUUUUGAAACUAGUCUGCCCCUUGUAAAGAAAACCCAUGAAAGCUUUCAGACAAACUUAGCAAGAGAAACAUUACUGAAGUGAUCAUGAAAAGUUCUAAGAGUAAGUUAAGUGGGAUUAUUGAAAAAUGGAGGAAAAGCAGGAAGGGUUAUUUUGUUGUUUAUGCUAAGGAGGGAAAGAGGUUUGUGGUUCCUUUAUACUAUUUGAAUCAUCCUAUAUUCAAAGUUUUGUUAGAGAUGGCCGAAGAAGAGUUUGGCUCGACAGUUGAUGGACCUCUACAAGUGCCUUGUGAAGAGAAGCUGAUGGACUUCAUUCUCGCUUUGCUAAGGAACAAUUGGCAUUUGGAUGUUGAGAAAGCAUUCGUCUCUUUCAACUCUACUACUGCUUGUAAAGGUGCUCUGAUGUCUUCUACUUGACCAUACCUAAUUGCAUACAUGAAAGAUCACGUCCUCAGCUAGGUGUUCUUCAAUGGAAGUUUUAAAUUUUUCAAAGACCAUUCUAUGUAAAUUCACUUCUUCACUCUUGGCCUGUAACAUGACUUCUCUUGGAAUAUACUGUCAAAAUUUUGCA